AUGAAAGAUUUGGGAACUCUCCGAUAUUUUCUUGAACUUGAAAUUGCAAGAAAUGACACAGGAAUCACUUUAUGUCAAAGAAAAUAUGCUUUGGAUCUGUUAACUGAAACUGGGUACCUUGGUUGUAAGCCCUCAUCUACUCCCAUGGAACCCAAUCUUAAGAUAUCCAAAGAUGAUGGAGAACCUCUGUGUGAUAUCACAAGUUAUCGGCGACUGAUUGAAAAAUUGUUGUACUUGACAGUCACUCGUCCUUAUAUAUGUUAUUCUGUCAAUAGACUGAGUCAAUUCUUAGCUGCUCCGAGGACCAGUCACCUUCAAGCUGCUUUGCGGAUUCUUCAGUACAUCAAGAGAACACCUGGACAGGGUCUCUUCUUUCCUUCAUCAUCUACCAUUCAAAUUAAGGCUUUUUCUGAUGCUGAUUGGGGCACAUGUCCUGACACUAGAAGAUCUCUGACUGAUCCAAACAUCAAUUACGAAUUCUGCGUCGCGUCCCUCGAAUCGGACUCGAGUAGCCACAGCGCCAAAAAUCUCCAGCAACUCGGCCAAAUCGCCAUUGAAUUAGAUCAACGUAACGUGACGAGCACGACGUCGUAUACCAAAAGGCUACUGAAGAGCAAAAAGAACAACUUGGAUCCUUUCGUGAAGGCAGCCCUGCAAGAUUGUCUUGAACUUUAUUCCGACGCAAUCCCUACCCUGAAAGAAGCCAUUGAAGAUUACAGAAACGGACACUACGACGACGCGAACGUUAAACUGAGUUCAGUGCUGGACGCCUCGACGACUUGCGAAGAUGGUUUCAAAGAAAAAAAAGGUGUCGUCUCGCCGCUCACAGGAAGAAACGACGAUGUGUUUCAGCUGUCUGCUAUAUCUCUUUCGAUUAUAAAUAUGCUUAAAAAAUAAUCUUAUCGGUCAUGGCUGUGGAGAUUUUAGUUGAAGGUUUUUUCUUUAUCAAAAUGGUGGGAAGAGUAUUUCUCUUUGUUUCUAUAGAGUUUUAAGUAAGAAUAACUAUUAGUUCGAAAUCAAAUAAGAUUGAAUUCACUAAC